CUAUAAAUGUCCUUGAGCGCUUUACACCACAUAAACUACUACAGCCUCUCACUGACACAGACUGGCAGAGCAAGCAACUUUGGAAAAAUGGCAAGCAGCAAUGUGCGUCUCCUGGCAGCUCUCUGCUCCCUCGCCAUCCUCAUCAGCUUUAUCGGCAACACACAGUCAGCAAGCUGCUGCAUGAGGUACACCAGGCGUCCAUUGCCAUACAAGCAGAUAAUGGGAUACACCAUCCAGACCAUCAACAAUUCCUGCGACAUCAAUGCCAUAAUCUUCCACGUUCCAGGAAAGUUCAUAUGUGCUGACCCAUCAAUGAAACGGACCCAGCAAAGAAUGAAGUUUGUGGAUGAAAUGAGGCAUAAGAAAGCUCUGGUCACCAAAGAGAGAACUUCCACAUCAGGAUAAAGUCACUGCAGCAGUUAAUGUCUGCAGCAUAUAAUUCUUGACUUCACUCAGUCCUGCACCCAACAACCCAAUUUGAAACUGGAAAAUCUACUGGUGCCUUUUUUCACUUUCUACACUUUAAUGGUUCUAUAUAACUCUAACAGGGACUAUCAUAUAAUUUUUGUGUUACAUUUUCUUGUAUUUGUUCUGUUUUAUAAACAGGGACGAGUAGUAUUCUUAAUACAUGUGUAGUAAACUGUAAGCUGUAGCUACAGUAUGUCAUAAAAAAAAGAAUGAAAACAUUGUUUUCAAAAGUAAGGCAAUUUUAAAUGUUUUUUUUAAUGUUUACCAACUCUGAGAGAUGGAAUAUGUGUUCCCAAAAUGUUGCAAGUUUUGAUUGUAAUUAAAAUCUGUCAGAAUUUAUCAAAACAAGGAUAUUUGAUAAAGCAUAUGUCUGUCUAUAUGGAUUUCUCUA